AUGGAGGAACCGCAGGGGCUCACGACUGAGGUCUCCCCAGUCAGCCUGCUCUCUGAGCACGGCUUCGCCUCAGAAUACGAUCACCAACAGAACCUUGAAAGUACUCAACAUCAACACAAUGGCAACGUCAAAUCAUACCCCCAGAAUGAGAGCGUCAACGGCUACUCGCAGAGUUCUGGUGCGGGUGCGGUUGAUCACCCGUCCGAAAUCUAUUUGCAAGACCACGCAGCCAGUCUCACCUCAGAGUAUAUGGAUGGUGCGGAUUCUAAUAUCUCGCCAGAAACGGGUCUCGGUUCAUUCGGUCAACCUCUUCGCCGCUUUUACUUCCGCACGAUAGUCGGCAUCCUUGGACCGGUAAUCGUAGUAUCUUAUUUCAUCACCAUCUGGCGCAUCUACCUCGCCUCACUCCACCCCGACUCGACAGCAGCCUUCGGACCACCGGGUGCCAAAUGGGUCUUCUACGGUUGGUUCGUCGCGGGAGUGAUCGGAAUGAGCUUAAGUCUCUACGGACUGGCUGGCGCAGAGGCUGGCAUGCUUAUGGAACGAACCUGGAGAGUUGAAGAUGCCAUGCGUCUUAUGUUGCAUGCUGACAACACAUGGUCUGGCCCUGGGGGCUGGAUGAAAGCAAUCAAAUGGGUUGUGCAAAGACGCAGGGCGCGCAACCAGCGUAGCAAGAUCCCUUCUCGGCUGUGGUUCGUUCUAGCACUUCCAAGCGUGGUUGUCUUCGUCGCUUGGCCCUUAUCAGGUCUUUGUCUUGAGAUGACUAGUGGUUUCCUUCGUGGUAAGCCAGGGCAAGGAGCGAAUGUUACCGGAUUCGUUCAAUCGACGUUCAACGCCGACCCUGGGGGUCGUAGGCCGUCUAGAGGAUCCUACAUCGGCGCACGUGUUUUCGGACACGGCGCCGUUUAUACACCUGAGAACUUCAAUCGAUCGAAGAAGGAGUUUUUGAAGAAUGUCCCCGUGAUACUGCCGAACACUGAGAGCGUCGAAGAAGUAUUUUUGACUGCUCAAGGUGAAACUCCUGUCGAGGGAAAAGCUUGGGGUCUGUUGCUACAUUACGACUGCAACAUCGUAGACAAAUUGUCUGACUUCGUUCUCUUGAGAGACCGUCGAUUCGCAACAUACGUCUGGCGAAGCAACAAGAUAUUUCGUAAUUUCGAACAAACAGGAACGGCGCGAAGUGCGGAUGAGGAUCCUCCCAUCGACGAAUCUCCAGCAUCAGCCUUCCAGUUUACGCCGACAUACGUCCCUGGUGCAGCUGCUACCUCCAGUUCCGACGAUGAUGACCAAAUCAAGUACAAGUCAUACCGCCUCCAUGACAACAAUACCCUCGUGGAGGUAAAGAGAGUGUCCGGAUGGAAUUUCGCUGGACGAUUCGAUCCCGGAUUACUGAGUUGGGCUAUAGAUAUCGGUGGAGUUAUAGAGACUGCGUAUCAAUCCCUGUCCCCACCAACAGGCUCAAACGACGAACCACCCUGCGGUUGGUCUAGUGAGAGGGAAGACCCACCAACGUCUUACUGCUACCAUGAUCUGCAAGAAGAUCCUUCAAACCCGUAUCCUGGAAUCGAAUACAAGACUACUUUCGAGGUUCUGUUGUGGCAGAUACAUCCCCUGUCUUUUGUUUCUAUGGACAGCACCAUCGUCCGUAAUAUUGAGUCGCUGACUGGUGAGUACGUCGAUGUUUAUGGUAAGAAACUCGAAGCUAUUGGCGCAUCCUGUACGUCAAGCAGCAGUGUAGGCUCAGCAGACAUCGACGGCGUGCGAUCUACCUACUCCAACUUCCAACGGAGCGACACUCCGGUACCUACUCUAAAGAAUGAUUGUGCGAAACGCUUUGGCGCAGAAACACUCGCGUGUACACUCAACAUCAAAGACGAUGGUUGGCUGAGAUGGCUGUUUGAAUCGAUAGGCCUACCGUCACCGUUUGACACAUCUAUAGUGAAUGCUGCAGAGAUUGCUGUUGGCAACCUGAGAGCUAUCGCUCAACUCGAAUAUCUGCAAGCCGACCAACUUCGGCAGGUUCUUCUACAAGCUUACUCCACCUACGCCAUCAAGCUCAUGUACAACGACGGUCGAGACUUCAUCGGAAUCAACAGAACAGGCCUCAAGUCACACGUCCCCGACCUCACGGCUUUUGUCGCUGGCACCGUAAUUGAACCGGGCGUCAUGCCAGCCGCUGUUCCUGUUGCUCUAUUCGGAUUAUGGGCCUUGAUCAGCUCAGGUCUCUGCCUUAUUUACGGAUUUAGGCGACGAUGGAGCGCGAUUCUGGACGGGCAUACGGUUUUCAGGCUUGGGGCCGAGUUGCAGCAGACGUACCGGGCGAGAAUGCAACGGUAUUCUACGAUUGCUGAUGUUGAAGAAUGCGAGGCUUUGCAUGAGAUUCCAGGGUUCGUUGCCGACAUGGAACCUAAUGAUGAUGUAGGGAGGAUUGGACUUAUGGAUGGGAAGCCGGCUAGGAAGGACAAGCUUUAUCGGUAA